AUGGAAGGGACUGGGAAAAAAAGGAGGGAGCUUGUCCCACCCAAGGGCAUGGCAGUCACUCUGCUCUACUUGAGUGUUGUCACACAGGAUCUGGGUCCUGGAGCAUAUAUAUGGAUGUUGUGUAGGAAUCUAGAUGUCACUUUCAGGAAGGAUGCCUUUGAGCAAAGUAGUGCUCAUUCUGUGGAACUGGAGCAGGGAGGCAAAGAUUCUGAUCUGCACCAGAUGAAGAAUAAAAUCCAUGAUGUUUGGCCUGAAGAAGUGGUUCAGGAGGAUUACUAUCAACAUCAAAUACUUGCAGACUUUGAAUGGGAAAGUGUCCAUUUGCAAGGCAGUUUAAAAGCUAAAGCCAAGCCAGGAAGAGGAAGACAAGAUGAGAAACCCAAAAUCAAGCCUUGUCUUUCACGCUACCUGGGGAUGCUGCUCCCACCAUGGCAAAUUUGGUGUUUAAGUUCUUUAAGAGUGAUGACUUUAAAUUGUAAGCUAAACCUACUUAAGACAAAACUGAGGCCUGAAGCCCAGGACACAGCCUCUCAAAUACCUCUAAGGGACUGUUCUGAAGAAGUAAGGAGGAGCCAGGACACACGGAGUUUUUACAACAAAGACCAGGUUUUCUUCAACAUACGGUCUUUGAGGAUGGCGUCUUUGCCAUUUGAUUUCUUGAAGAGCUUGCUUCCCUCUAAUGUGCUUUGCACAACGUGGCCUGUGCCCUUUCCACGCAUUUGCUUUGGUGGCUGUAUCUUCCCUCGGGGGAAAGAGCAGAGACGAUUGAGCUUUGGGAGUCAAGUGGCAGACAGCUGUGGUUUCAGCUUCCAGUGGUCACACAACUCUAGAGGGACCGGAAGGUCAAGGGAAGCAUGUAGAACCGCAGGCUGUUCACGUGGAUCGGAGGAGAUGACCAACCCCUAA